UAAGGCUAAUCGUUUUUUCUUCUUAGACAUGGAGGUUUAUCCUCCUAGCUCUUCUCAACAAUCACAGGAGUUAAAAGUUGAAAGGCAAAACCAGCAGAAUCGUUUGUAUUACUCUCAUGGUUCCAGAGGUAAACAAACCUACAUCAAUAAAGACCAACGUACAGGGAACGCAAUAGGUGGGGCCGGCCGAAUCCGGAAUGGAAAUCAAUUUCGACCUGGAAAUCUCAUCAAUCCAGAGGCCGGACAAGAAAAUCGAGGAAACCCGUCGGCAGCUCUGCUGAAAUCACUUGCUACGGGAAUCGCUACCGAAAAUCCGUCAGUCUCUCCGUCAAUAUCCACGCCGGCAACCGGAAACUUGGCCGGAAGGAGAGGCGAGACAUCACUGUCUCCAUCACAGGGACCACAGACGCAGAAGGUUAGCGGACGACAGUCUGGAAAUUUGAAAGUAAACGAAGCUCCCAAACUCCUCACAUGGGCUGACUUGCUAAGGACAAAAAAGGACCAAUCAACGCCCUCAAAUCAAAUUUCUGGCGGCCUAGCUGAAUCCUUUCCAAAUGACACAUUAGUCAGCUACGAACCCCCCACCACGGCUGUGAUAGAUCCAACCGAGGUCAUAGAUCAAUUCAAUUUUUUUGGCGAAGAAGGUUUUGAUUCAAUUAAAAUUGAAUCAAAAACUUUUAAAUUUGCAGUAAAAAAUAAUGAAAUUAACAUUUUUGAAAUAAAAAAAUCCUUUAUGCAUAGGAUUACUUUUAAUUUUGCAGCUGCACGCCAAAUCAUUCGGUUUUUGACACAGCUCACCAGUAUUGAUCUUUUUAAAAACAGGCAAAAAAACCAAUUUGGAUCUAUCACGGUCUCUUCAGAAUUGUAUAGAUCUGGUUGCUACGUGAAAUUGACCAAGGAAAAGAGGAGCUCCAUACUCAUUCCCACGGGCCAAACAAAUUCCAGCUUAGUCAAUUUCCUGACAAUAUUUUCUAAUUUUGUGGGUCUACUUAAUUUAGCACAGGAGGACCCGACGCUUAAAGUUCCCACAAACACGCCAGACUCUGAGGAGGUCACAUCUAUAUCCAAAAGAAUCUUUAAUGCACAGAUCACAGCAGUCGAACACACGUUUCAACAGCCUCUUCUUCCUAAAAAUCACACCAAGCAUUUGCUGCUUCAAGCCUACUCAGAUGCGUCAGACAGCUUUGAUCAUUCUGAUGACUCAUAUUUUUCAGAUGACUUCCUCGGACACGCAACAGAAAGCGACAGACGACUACCCAUCUCCAGCCGCGAAGACAUACGAGAUUCUAGCUUCAACAGAGAGAUUUGCUAUAAAUCCCAAUUUGUCACUCUAGACACAUGCUUGCCAACAGAUAAUCUAAAUACGCAACUCAAAAUCUAUAGAAAAACUCAGAAGAACAAAAGGCGUCAUAGUAUGACAACUAGAUCACAGUCCAAAAACUUUCCAUGGGCAUAGUUCGUACUGUCAUUUUUCUUUCAAUUUCUUUUUUCUUGUCUUUCAUGUCUUUCUGCAUAUUGUACUCUUUCC